GGCUCUUUUUUUGUAUUUUUAGUAGAGACGGGGUUUCACUGUGUUAGCCAGGAUGGUCUUGAUCUCCUGACCGCGUGAUCCACCCGCCUCGGCCUCCCAAAGUGCUGGGAUUACAGGCGUGAGCCACCGUGCCUGGCCUGUGUGGGGUCUUAAGUCCAUUCGUCUUCUUGGCUGCUUCCCACUGACCAGGCCCAUGGCCUCCCUGAAGUGUGAGGUCUGUGUGGAGUGGGGCAGACCAUGAUGAGGUGGGUAGAACUGUGGCCCCUGCAUUCAGGAUUCAGGACUUUUUGUACUUGCCACUAUGAUUUAUUUCGCCCAUGAGUUUUCUGGCAGCCUCCCUGACUCACUGUAGGGUCCCAGUCCCCUGAAGGUGUGGUCACAGGUGCAAGUGAGCGCCAUUUCUCUCAAAACCUGUGCUGGGAAAGUCAGUCUGUGGGGGUCUUAGUUUUAGGACCUUGCUUUUUUUUUUUUUUUUAAUUGUUUUGGGACAGAGUCUCACUCUGUCACCCAGGCUGGAGUGCAGUUGUAUGAACACGGCUCAUUGCAGCCUCGACCUCCCAGGCUUGAAAUGAUCCCCCUGCCUCAGCCUUCUGAGGAGCUGGGACCACAGGCACAUGCCACUAUGCCUUGCUAAUUUUUUUAUAUUUUUGAAGAGACAGGGUCUCACUAUGUUGCCCAGGCUUGUCUUGAACUCCUGGGCUCAAACAGUCCUCCCACCUCAGCCUCCCAAAGUGCUGGGAUUGGAGGCAUGCACCACCGCUCCCAGCCAGUACCUUGCAUUUUUUUAAAAUUGUGGUGAGAUAUACAUAAUGUGAAAUUUAGCAGUUUUGUUUUGUUUGAGACAGGGUCGCAUGCUGUCACCUAGGCUGGAGUGAUCACAGCUCACUGUAGCCUCAAACUCUUGUGCUCAAGUGAUCCUCCCCCCUCGGCCUCCCGAGUAGCUGGGACCGCAGAUGUGGGCCACCACAUUCAGGUAUGACGCUGGGCGGGAUGGCUUCAUCGACCUGAUGGAGCUGAAGCUGAUGAUGGAGAAGCUGGGGGCCCCCCAGACCCACCUGGGCCUGAAGAGCAUGAUCAAGGAGGUGGAUGAGGACUUCGAUGGCAAGCUCAGCUUCCGGGAGUUCCUGCUCAUUUUCCACAAGGCCGCGGCAGGGGAGCUGCAGGAGGACAGUGGGCUGAUGGCGCUGGCAAAGCUUUCUGAGAUCGAUGUGGCCCUGGAGGGCGUCAAAGGUGCCAAGAACUUCUUUGAAGCCAAGGUCCAAGCCUUGUCAUCGGCCAGUAAGUUUGAAGCAGAGUUGAAAGCUGAGCAAGAUGAGCGGAAGCGGGAGGAGGAGGAGAGGCGGCUCCGCCAGGCAGCCUUCCAGAAACUCAAGGCUAACUUCAAUACAUAGUCCUGCUGACCUUGCCCUCUGCCCACAGCUGUGCCUCACAGAUGCCCCGAGAAGAGAUGACUAGGCAUCUUCAUCACUGCUGCCGGUCCCCUCCCUGAGCCAGCAUCUCCAUCCACCACCCCGUGCCAGCUCCCAUGCCAGCCUUCAUUCCUCCCAGUGUCCAAGCCCCUCCAGGAGGGUCCUGGGGUGGGCCAGAUGCCUGCCCACCUCUGUCUCCUGCCUCUGCUCCUCCGCCCUACUUAUAGCCAGAACUUGUAUCUUCUCAGCAACCUUCACUUUGUCCUUGUCCCUUUACCAUUCCCCAUCAAAGAGUAGUCUGCUAUAUCAAUUUGUGUAGAUACGUCUGUCUUUUUGGGUCCUCAGAGAAAAUGCCCAUUUUCUCGGAGAAUUCUCUGCACUCCUCUCUGCUUCCCAUUCAACUUCCCUGUUCUCAUCUUUGGUAGGAUUCUGCCAGUUGCUUUUGCAUCUUCUGUUCCUGGGUAAUGGUGGGUCUUAAUGGAGGCUGGGUGGACCACUGCCCGUCCACUCUUCAACAGGAGGAACAGCAUGCCACCGCGGUAACACACAUUAGAGAAAGGACAGAGGUCUACUCCUUCCUGCCACCUUUCUCCUGGCCCCUUAGCGCUCCCCCAGUCCCUCCCUCUUCACCUUGCUCUGUCUAUGUAUUCCCAGCUCAGCCUUUUUCCCACUCUUAAAUACUGUACUACUUCACUGUAAGAACGAAAGAAUAGUUAGGAUACCAAUGAGUAAAAGGGUUCCUGUUCACUCUGACUCUGUGCAAAUUGUAUUACAGUAGACCGCUGACAUUCCCAAGUGACAGAUCCAGGGCCUUUCAAACAUCCCCAAAGUCAUGGCCAUACUCACCAUUAGCCAGUUUCUAACAUCUGUUUCAGGGUAUCCAGCUGUAGAUGUUCUUACCCCCCAUACUUGUGAGUUCUUGGGGUUGCUCACAAAUACUAGGGGUUUUUGUUGUAUUUUUAACAAAUAUAUCCUAAUGUCAUAUUUAUUCUCUUUUGUAACUGCUGUCUUUACAAUAAAGAAAUCAUCUGCCUUUCUA